UUAAACACACAAUUGUGUGAUCAAUUUUGAUGAAUUUCAUUUGUCUAGGUAUGGAUGUUGCUUACUCUAAAGAUGAUGAAAUGGAAUUUUCAAGUGAUGAGAGCGAUUUGGAACAGGAAGACGAUACAGGUUUUGAAGGAGUUUCUCGUAAAGCUAGUCAAUGGUCACAGUCUAGCAUCAAUAGAUCCCUCAACUCGACAGGAAUCCAUAAUUUACCACCAGAGCUUAUAUUCGAAAUUCUGGGCUACAUUAAUGUUAAAACUUUGAUGUCUGUUGUAAGGUUUGUCUCUAGAUACUUUAGUGAUCUUUUAAAUUCACCCGAGUUUUGGGAAAUGAGAUUAGCUGGAUGUCUUACCUGCCCAGAUGACUUAGAUGGUUUAAAAGUAAGCGACAGUGAGCUGCAACAGAUGCAUCUUGUUGGUCUACCCCAAGCAGUUUAUGAAAUGGAGUCAGCAAAAUCACUUCAACACAACUCCAGUGUUAAAAAGUACACUAUGUCCACUAACCACUAUGGUGAUGUCCACUGCGUUAAGAUCCUGUCCAAUCCUGCCAAACAAAUAGCUGUUUCCGGCUCACGAGACAAAACUAUCUGUGUCUACGAUUUGGAUUGUAUUGACUCUCAAGAAAAAUGCAUCAUUAAUACAAACACUGAUCAUAACGGUUGGAUCUGGACCCUUGACCAAGAAGAUGGUCAAAGCUCUAAGAUUGCUUCAGGCUCAUGGGACAGUUACAUCCACUUUUAUGAUAUUGGUAGAGGAGGGUUAGAGAAAAUCUCUGAUUUGUCUGUACAUUCUGCAAUACUUUGUACGCGUUUCGAGAAAAACUGUUUACUAUAUGGUACAUAUUCAAAAUUUGUUGCUGGAUAUGAUACCAGGAGUGGAAAUGUAGCUUUUAAGUUAAAGAAUCACACUAAACCUGUGUUAAGUGUUGCUGCAUCUCCAAACUAUAUCUGGAGCUCUGGGGAGGACAAUGCCCUUGUCUGUCAUGAUAGACGAAUGAAUAAACUCUUUAAACGAAUGAGAAUGGAGAGAAUUUCGUCUUCUAUAAAGUUUAUUGAGCCCUAUCUAUGGGUAGCUGGUUACGAUGGCUUCAUUAAAUGUUUCAAUCAAGACAUGAAAACCCUGAAGAAAUAUGAUACAGGCCACAGACAGCCUAUCAUGGACAUGUCUCACAACAUGGGAGCUACAGUCACUGCUUGUAAAGAUGGGGUAGUUAAACUGUUCUCUCCUAAUAUAAGCCCAGUUCUUUGGAAUUCCUUCACAUUGGAUAACUCAGCCUCGUGUGUAGAUUAUAAGGAUGGUACACUCAUGGUUGGUUGCUGUGCCAGCUCGGUUUUAUUUUGGAAGAACGUAAAUUUAGAAUGAUGUUAACAUUACACAUGCAGGAAAAUUAGUGUGUGACAAUUAUGAAGAUUUCUGUACUGUACAUAGUUUUGUAUGCAAAUUGAGUUAGUUGAGGCCGAUGGUUUUCCUAUUUCAAAAAGAUUAAUUAUAAGUUACUAUUUACUGUAUAGAGUUCUAUGUUCGUUGCUCGUGAAAUGUGUGUUUAUAUCAAAAUGUUUACUGUUUCUAAUUGUAGUAUUGUGUUUAUUUAAAAUUUACUGAUCAUCAGUGUGGGUAUUUUGUCAACAAACUCCCCUCAUAAAGUAACAGAUAUAAGAAUUGUGAACAGCUGCUGUGUAAUUUAAACAUGCUAUUUGAAUGAUGGAACUUGUCUAAUUGUAGGCUUACCUGCUUCCUGGUCUAUAUUACCACUAAAAUGCUCCAAUGUGACAGGUAGCAAUGUGACAGGUAGCAAUUUUAUAAAUGGAUGAUCUUCACAUCUGUCACAACCAUUCGAGUUCUUUUAAAUGUGACUCGUACAAAGAUCAAAGAACUGGAGUAUAUUUCAAUUCAAAGAUGUGAUUGAACCCUAGCGGCACUCUCUGUGCUAAAAUUCCCAUUCUUAAGAUUUGUUUAAAUCGGAAAUUACAGUGCUCCUCUGUAAUAGAAUCAACUAUUAUUCCUAGAAUUAAAAGGUUUCAAUUGCACUUUUUGAGUUUUCAGUAUAUUUUUCUGUUUACACAUUAUACAGGGGUUUUCAAAAUUUAAGAUAUCUUAUAAACUAUACUUUUAUUCAAUAU